CCCGCUCCGCUCCCGCCCCGCUCCGCUCCCGCCGCUCCGCCCGGCCCCGCUCCCUGCAUCGGCUCGGCCUGGCCCCGCACCGCGCUCCCGCCGCACGCCCGCACCGGCGGCUGCGCGCCUCGCCCUGAACGCCCUUCCGUUUUGCGUUUUCUGCGGAUCUUUGCGUGCUUUCCCCCGCCGUGCCGGGCAGCAUGGGGCUGCCGGCGCUGGAGUUCAGCGAGUGCUGCCUGGACAGCCCGCAGUUCCGGGAGCGGCUGCGCUCCCACGAGGCCGAGCUGGACAAGACCAACAAGUUCAUCAAGGAGCUCAUCAAGGACGGGAAGUCGCUCGUCGCCGCCCUUAAGAACCUGUCGGCCGCCAAGCGCAAGUUCGCGGAUUCCCUCAACGAGUUUAAAUUCCGCUGCAUCGGCGACGCUGAGACGGAUGAUGAGAUCUGCAUCGCCAAGUCUCUGCAGGAGUUCGCCACGGUGCUGCGGAACCUGGAGGACGAGCGGAUGCGCAUGAUCGAGAACGCCAGCGAGGUGCUGAUCACGCCGCUGGAGAAGUUCCGCAAGGAGCAGAUUGGGGCUGCCAAGGAUGCCAAAAAGAAAUAUGACAAGGAGACUGAGAAAUACUGUGGUGUCCUAGAAAAGCACUUGAACUUGUCUUCCAAGAAGAAAGAGUCCCAGCUUCAGGAGGCAGACAGCCAGGUGGACCUGGUCCGGCAGCACUUCUACGAGGUCUCCCUGGAAUACGUCUUCAAGGUGCAGGAGGUGCAGGAGAGGAAGAUGUUUGAGUUUGUGGAACCUCUCCUGGCCUUUCUGCAGGGGCUCUUCACGUUCUACCACCACGGCUACGAGCUCGCAAAGGACUUCAGUGACUUCAAGACAGAGCUGACAAUCAGCAUCCAGAAUACAAGAAACCGCUUUGAAGGAACGAGGUCAGAGGUUGAAGCUUUGAUGAAGAAGAUGAAGGAGAAUCCCCACGAACACAAAAACAUCAGCCCUUACACGAUGGAGGGGUAUCUCUACGUGCAGGAGAAGCGUCACUUUGGCACUUCCUGGGUGAAGCAUUACUGCACCUACCAGAGGGAAUCCAAGCGCAUCACCAUGGUGCCCUUCGACCAGAAAUCAGGAGGAAAAGGGGGGGAGGAUGAGGCUGUCACCCUGAAAUCCUGCACACGGCGGAAAACAGACUCCAUUGAGAAGAGGUUCUGCUUUGAUGUGGAGGCUGUGGAUCGGCCCGGCGUCAUCACCAUGCAGGCGCUGUCGGAGGAGGAGCGGAGGCUGUGGAUGGAGGCGAUGGACGGCCGGGAACCGGUGUACAACUCCAACAAGGACAGCCAGAGCGAAGGCACGGCACAGCUGGACACCAUCGGCUUCAGCAUCAUCAAGAAGUGCAUCCACGCCGUGGAAACAAGAGGGAUCAAUGAGCAGGGGCUCUACAGGAUCGUGGGGGUGAACUCCAGAGUUCAAAAGCUGCUGAGUAUAUUAAUGGACCCCAAGACAGCCACAGAGACAGACACAGAGAUCUGUGCAGAGUGGGAGAUCAAGACCAUUACUAGUGCACUGAAAACGUACCUGAGAAUGCUCCCAGGGCCCCUCAUGAUGUACCAGUUUCAAAGGAGCUUCAUCAAAGCAGCCAAACUGGAGAAUCAGGAGUCCAGGGUGUCAGAGAUUCACAGCCUCGUUCAUCGGCUCCCGGAGAAAAACAGGCAGAUGCUGCACUUGCUCAUGAACCACUUGGCAAAAGUUGCAGAUAAUCACAAGCAGAACCUGAUGACUGUUGCUAACUUGGGUGUGGUGUUUGGGCCGACACUGCUUCGACCUCAAGAGGAAACAGUCGCUGCCAUUAUGGACAUCAAAUUCCAGAACAUUGUGAUUGAAAUUUUAAUAGAAAACCAUGAGAAGAUAUUUAACACGGUGCCAGAGGCUCCGGCGUCGAACUCGCAGCUGCUGUUAUCCCGCAAGAAGAGCACGGAGUCGAAGCCUCCCUCGUGCAGCGAGCGGCCGCUGACGCUCUUCCACACGCCCCAGCCCAACGAGAAGCAGGAGAACAGGAACAGCAUCAUCAACUCCAGCCUGGAAUCCGUCAUCUCUUCAAAUGUAAACAGCUUCCUCAACUCCAACAGCGCUCCCCAGCCCAGCCUGAACUCGAGUGAUCUUGAACUAGAAGUAAUUAAGCCCAACAGGCCAAAUUCCCUCCCUCAGAAUCCAAGCCCAACGUCACCCCUCUCACCGUCCUGGCCCAUGUUCUCUGCGCCAUCAAGUCCUAUGCCCACCUCCUCUACGUCCAGCGACUCAUCCCCCAUCAGCUCCCCUCUGCGCAAGGCCCGCGCUCUCUACGCCUGCAAGGCCGAGCACGACUCCGAGCUCUCCUUCACGGCCGGCACCGUGUUCGACAACGUUCACCCAUCCCAGGAGCCCGGCUGGCUGGAAGGGACCCUCAACGGCAAGACAGGACUGAUCCCCGAGAACUACGUGGAGUUCCUAUAACUGUGGGGUGCACAGUGCCACUGCUGAGCGUUCCAUGGUAUCCAUGGGGAGUCCUGCAGGCCCCUGUGCCCUCUGCCACCGUGUGCCCGGGGUGAGGACACCCCUGUGCCCGCUGCUGGAUCUUUGUGUGGGUCAGACGUCGCCUCUCCUCCCUGCUGCCUGCGGGGGAGUGGUGCUGGGGACGUGGACAGACUCCCCCAGCCCCAGGUGGGGGUGCUGAAGCCCCCAUCCCAGCGAUGGAGAACCAGCCAAGGGACGGCCAAGUGCUGCGAGGGGCCGAGCUGAGGACUGGGAAUAGCCCGAGGCUGCAGGGGGACAGUCCCUGGGAGCCCAGGGCCCCCACCCAGCAGGGUCCCACCCAGGAGAGCCCUGUGCUCCCAGAGCCUUCCCUGGCUGUCCCAAGGCCAGCUGGGUGGUGCCAGGGCACACCCUGGGCUCUGGGGCAGGGGAAGGGGCUGAGCUCCCGGGCUGGAGGUGCCCCUGGGCAGCGCCGGCUCUUGCAGGCGAGAGCGAGCCCGGGGGGCUCGGGGCUGGCUGGGCUCUCCAGGCCCCUGCUCCCUGCACUGAGCAGGGUUUGGACCAAACCUCCCACGCUCUUUUGUAUUUUCAAGGUUUUGAUUUUGUGGGGUAAGCCUCAGUGUGUGUGAGGUGAGCAGCCCGUGCUGCCGUCCCCUGCAGCCCCAGGCACACCUCAGUGCUGCUGCUGGGCUCUUUGGUACCUCCCUGCCCAAAUCCCUCUGUACAGACACAUCCGUGCUCACACACAUGAUGUGCCCUGCUGGAGCUGCCUCUGCCUCCUUCUUCAGGCCUCCCCUUGCUUGCAGCCUCGUCUGUGCCAAGUCUGUGCAGUGCUGGUUGUGCCAGGUGAAUUAUUUCCAUCCCUGGGGGCAUUUGCUGCUGCUGUGGCCGGGAUGGGGCUGUGGAGAGCCAGGGAGGAGCCCUUGGACUGUGCCAGCCCAGCUCCUGCCUCCCUGGACACGCCAGGAGGGCCCAGCAAACCCCUCAUCGCUCCAGGGCGUUUGGAAGGGGGCAGCUGGGAGAAGGAGCCCUGUUUGACUGCAGAGCCAGGAUUCUGAGAGCUGGAAUCAUAUUUUAUAAAAAAAACCAUCUCAAGAGAACCCCUGGCCCAUGGCGCUGGGGAUGGAUGUCAUGGCUUUUUGUAACAGUUUUAAAGACUCUGAGUGACUGAAUUGCUCUAUGUGUCGCUUUUUAUUUUUGAAAGGAUUAAUGUAUAAAUAGAGUAUCUUAAAAUAUUGUGGGGAAAUGAUCUAUAUUUGAUAUUUUUAGAAGAACUUUGAAGCUGGUGACCAAGAGGCUCCAAACCCCCUGGCCCCUGGCCUGGAGCUGCUGCUUCCUUCAGUCCGUGGUGUCACUUAGAGAGGAGGGAGCUGAAAUUUCAGCCCUCUUCAUGUUUUUGUCCACAGUAAUUAAACUUCCUGGGCUUUUGUCUUGGGGAAAAAAAGAGGAAAAAGGCGAUCAUUUUUUUCCUGUUACCAAGGUGGGUGGCACAGCUCAUUCCCAUGGGAUCACACCCUCUCCAUAACCCCUGGGGAACACUCUGGGCCCCUCACUCACAUGGCUGGUAUGGUUUGGGCAGGGGUGGUGUCCCCAAACUGCCUCGUGGUCUCUGCUCUGAGGUGUUGGAUGAAGAGGGUGAGAGGUUUGCAGGGAUAAAAUCCGGUGUUUCCCUCGCACGUUGCUGGUUCAUCUCCAUCCUUGGAUUUUAUAGCCAGCUUUUGUGCUGUUUCUUGGCUUUCCUGAAGCCAAGGACGAGGCUUUAUCCAGCCCUGGCAUGAGAUGGGGUUGGGCUGUAUCCAGCCUUGGCUUUCUGCAGCCCUGGCUGUGCCCUGGGGGUGUGUGAGAGCCCCUCCCUGGGCUGGGAGAGGGGUGGGGAGGGCUCAUGGAAAGGGGUUUAAAAUCCCUCACUGUGUCACCUGUCAGCUGCCAGCGCUGUUUGUGUUUGUCCUGUCCCGAGCCUCGCCGGGUGCUGGGGGUGAAUGGGAAUUGCAGAGGGCCAAGAGGCUCCAAAAGGCUUUGUCUGGCUCAGGCUGUUCAGGAUCCUGCUGUGUGAUGCUGUGUGAGCUCCAGCACCGCCGCUCCCACCGUGUCCCCACAGAACCUCCCCGUGCAGGGUCCCCCCCGGCUCCUCCAGUUACUGAGACUGGAGUAAAUUCCUUUUCAGAGGCCCUUGGGAGCUUUUGGAUGUGCUACCUAGAGAGUUUCUGGGAACAGAAGUCCCACGCAGAUGUAUUUACAAGAUGUCUCCUGGAGGAAAGGAAAUCAAACCGAGGCAGAAGUUAUUGCUCUUCCAGGAGAGCCAGUGGAAUAUUUUUUUUUUAAUUAAAAUUUUCCAAAAAGAAAAACUUGUCUGGAACGCUCACUAAAUGUUCCCAUUUUAGGCCAGCUUUAAUACUGUAGUAAACAUUGGUUUAUUCCAACAGAAAUUAAAGAUAGGAAAUAAUUUUUUUAAACCAGCCUGACACAGCAUUUGAUGCUUGAUAUUAAAGUUGUCAGUCAAAAUGAAACGAAAGCUGGGUGGUGACGCUGCCGAUGGGCAGAGCCUCUCCUGCAGCCCCUGGCUGGUCACUGUGGGCAUUAAACCAAAAAAAAGAGAGAUGGUGCAAUGGUGUCUGUUGGAACUGACUUCAGAAGAGUCUCUUGGUGCAGCCCUGCCAUGCUUCACAUCGAUGGCCAAUGUUCCACAG